GUGCGCCUGUGUGUGUGUAUGUGGGUCCGUGCGCGUGAGACACCCGCUGUGUGUCUAGAGAGGAUUUAAUAAGGCGGUUCCUGCGUCAGACACCUAUUAAUUCAUUGGAGGGUAAAACGGUGAAAGGAAGGGAGGACAGCGGGGACUCAGUGGGGUCUGUGGCGGCUCUGGAGAGCUGUCACUUUCUCUAUGUGAACGUGUGUGUGUGUGUGUGUGUGCGCGCGCGUGUGUGUGUGCGCAGAGAGGGAUUAACAGCACGCGCGUUCGGAGCGCAGUUUUGGUGAUGCAUUCAGUCGGGAGACGUGCAGCGGGGAGCAGUGAGCGUCAACCCGGACACUCAGCGGCAUAAUCGGCGCACUAUCAGGCGCAGGGGAUCCGGCUGGUUCGGGGGGCGCCGUCUCUGCGCAUCACGGGAUUCAGCUUGAUUGCGUGUCUUAUUUAUUUUGAUGAACGCCGCUGUAUUGGUGCAGAGUGAAAGUCAAAGAUGCGCACCGCUGAACAAAGGAUUUAGGGGACCACGAUCAAGCAUCUCUUCCACAUUUGAAUCCAAACGCCCCGGUGUGUUCCGUGUCCCCCCGUUUGGACUUGUCAAGACUCGGCAUUUUGCCUCUGAGGACAGGGGGCUGAAUAACCGGGCUCCUCCAGUUUCAGACGUGGAGCAGGAGGAAUCAUCUGGGCUGAUCGCGCACAGGUCCAUGUGGAUGGAGAGAGGAUACGCAAACCCAGCGAGCGGAGCUCACUCCGAAAUGUGACAUUUUUUACUCAGUCUGCCAUCGUACCUGACAACCGUGCAUCCGCCGUCGUCCUCCAUCGGAUUUGUUUACGUCGAUUAAGAGAUGGCGUUCCUCCCGGUCCUCCUCCUGCUGCUGCUGACUGUUGCUCACCGCGCCACCAGUCAAGACUCUGAGGACUCUGAGACUCUCCCGAGAGGCUGCGGCUGGGGUCUUGUGCGUCCCUACACCCUCCUCUGUGACCUGGACUCCAUAUGGGGUGUGGCUGUCGAGUCAGUGGCUGCAGGUGGGGUGCUGACCGCCAUCUUGCUAGCCCUAGUCCUGCUGUGCCGUUUACACCACAUCAGUGAGGCCGAGAAGCGCAGCGGCGUGGGACCCAUCCUCCUGCUGCUACUCGGCAUCCUUGGCUUGUUCGGCCUGAGCUUCGCUUACCUGAUCGAGCAGGAUGAGUCUUUAUGUUUGCUCCGCAGGGCCCUGUGGGGUCUCCUGUUUGCAGUUUGCUUCUCCUGCUUGCUGGUGCAGGGCGUCCGCCUGCGCAGGCUUGGCCGCGAGCGCCGGAGCCCUGGUGGCUGCGCUCUGACAGGCCUUGCACUGGGUUUGAGUGCCGUGCAGGGCAUCAUCGCCGCCGAGUGGCUACUUCUGACCGUGCUGAGGGAGGGACGAGCCGCCUGUCAGUACCUGCCACUGGACUUCUCGCUAGCCUGCAGCUACGUGCUAGCCCUCCUGCUAGCCGCGCUGACCGCCGCCUCCCUGGCCCUGUGUGGGAAGACGCGUCAGUGGCGCUGCAAUGCCAUCUGGCUGCUGGUGACCUGCCUGCUGUCGCUGCUGCUGUGGGUGGCCUGGGUGGGCUUCUAUCUGUACGGCAACGCCUGGCUGGGGAGGUCCCCGGACUGGAAUGACCCAGCGCUGGCCAUCGCUUUAGUGGCUCAGGGCUGGCUGCUGCUGAUCUUCCAUGCCAUUCCUGAAUCCCACAUCUGCCUGAGACCCCCUCCACAGCCUACUGCCCCGGAUUACUUUGACACCUCCCAGAACUCCACGCGCAUGAGGGAGACCAGCUUCGACGAAGACAUCCCUCUUUCUCACAGGCAGUUUGUGGAGAACCAGGGCUACGGAUACAACGAUGAGAACACUGCAGGCUUGAGGAGCGGUAGCGGCGCCGGGCAGCAUAACAGCAACACCGGCGCCAGGCCCAGCGCUCCUUUCCGCAGCAACGUCUACCAGCCCACCGAGAUGACCAUGAUCCUGAACGGGGGAGCGGUGCCCUCUGCCCCUCCAACCUACACAGGGAGGCAGCUGUGGUGAGAAGGAGGACUGGAAAGAAGAUGUGUGGUAGAAAAUGAAGAGAAGAAGAGGAUGGAGAGGAGGGAAGGGUCCCGGACGAGGGGGCCUGGUUGAAUUGGACUUAAAACACGGAUGCCAACAGGGCCCUUUCACUCUGUGUACAGACUUAAACACUGACUGCGUGCCAAUCAACCAUAGUGUGAGUGUGUGUGACUGAGAGAAAGUAGGGAAUGGAGGACAGAGCUAAAGCUCUUCUAGCACACAAAUCUCUAUUAGAAGUGUUGAAAAGCUCGACCAGCAAGUAGCAAAAAAAAAAAAACCAAGCAAACAAAAAAAACCCCACGCUGAGUCAGAUCUGAAAACAUUGACAUGCAGUAUUCUUUUUCUUUUUGUUUGAUUUGCUCUCCUGAGACUACAGCACUGUAAGCAUCCUCGAAAACUGUGAAAUCUAUCGCUUUUUCCUGCUCCGUCUCUCCUUCCUGUCCGUCAGGAUGUCUUUGCUGCUGCCCCUCACAAUGCUGGCGCUCAUGUGGAAACAUUUGGCUCUGUCCUCCAUCUAUCCGCGGCGUAGGUGAAAGGCAGCGCACACGGGCGACUGUACAGCUCGAGCACGGCCCUCUUAAAGAGAAUCCGGCCUCUGUGUGUAUGUGGAGUAUAUGAGAGGAGGAAAAAAAAAAGCGUGCUUGUAUCUCCUACACCUCAACUCUACCCCUCGGCUUCGCCCUCCAACACGUCUCCUUCCUGCCUCUCCACCUCUGUUGCCGGUUCGCAUUUCUCUGCACCGUCUGUGAAUAAAACACAUAACUCUUCUCACCUUGCAUCAUCCUCCCACCUGCAUGGACACUUUGAAAAACGUGAAACAAACUGUGAAGCCCCCGAACUGCGGCCGGAAAAGAAGCUCCCAGAGACAAAAGCAGCGUGAACAGAGGGAUCACAAGCUGCUAAUGAACUGCUUUUAGAUAUAUAUAUAUAAAUAUAGAUAUACGGUGGAGUAGAGUGGAUUCUGAUUGGACGAGGAGGGCGUCAGUCGUUAGCGGGGAGCCGCCGCCUCAUGAAUCUAGGUCAGACUACUGUGCGCUGUUCUCCCACAUCUCCAGUGGCCACUGGCGGUUUUAACCAGCCAGGAGGAACUGUCACUUUAUAUCAGCAGGAAACGGAGCGAGGAAAUGAAAUGGUCUCCUGUUCUUAGUUCCUCUAUCUGUGUUUUACGUGUGCGUCCGUGAGUGUUGUGAUUUUAUGGGCGCUGGGAGUUGAAUUCAAAGUCAAGGUUGCUUUCUGGUGCUAAAUAUUCCUCCACGCGACUUCCCCGAGAGGCAGAGAACCACAGGGACAACACUGAUGCAGAUACAGUAGCCAGGCUGUGAGUGACAGACUGUAUAUAGGGCUGCGUAUGCCGGUGUGUGGAGAUAUCCUAGAGCCUUAGAAAGAUCAGAUUUAGAGUGCAAGGUAGAGGGAGGGAGAUCAAAUGGACGGGAAGAGCGAGGAGGAAGGAGAUAGCGAGAGGCGGUCCGAGGGGGGUCUUUGCGACAGUGGAAAUCCCAGUCAGUCCUAUCUACGUGAGAAAAUGGCUCCCCGGUCUGUCUGUGUGUGUGUGUGUGUGUGUGUGUUUUCUGUGUGAUGUGGGGGCGGCCCGUUCUGCUCUGCUCUGUGUGGUUCUUCAUCUGCUGAAGCGUCUCCUCCUCCUCCUCUUCAUCCUCCUCCUGUCUCCCUGUGGUCGGCUAUAGCUCACGUCUCCGUGCCAAGACGGACUCUUGUUUCACUGGAGUCUCCGUUUCACGCCCUUUCCCUUCGCCGGCUCUCUCUCUUCACCCGAGGAGCUGUGUACAUAGUAGUGCUGUAAAGCUUUGCUUGCUUGUUUACUUUUUUCUUUUUUUUUAACUGUAGGCUGAGUUUAGACACCAGUGUCACAUGACUGACCACUGCAAACUGU